UGUGGAAGUACUAAUACUCCUAUAAAUUGGGAUCAUUUGUUGUUCCUCUUUUCAGAAUUGAAGCAAACAAAAGAGACAGUUGUUAUUUUCCCACAUCCCCAAGAUGAGCCAAGUUCUUGAUGUGAUCGAUAACUAUGGCAGACCACGAAAAACAGGCAGUGAUUGUCACUAUGCUGGCACUGGCAAAUAUAAAAAUGGCCUUACCAACAAACCAGGACAACGUGUCCCAAAAGCUGGAGCCAUAGCUGAGGUUGGAGUAGGACGGGUUGGAGCAGAGAGGAGCAUCUUUCAAAUUGAAGCCAAAGGGCCAAAUGCUUCUGCCCAAACUGAGGUCAAUCUGCUGGGUGCGGGUGCUGUGGCCCAGGCUGGGAUUGGAAGUGCAACAAUUUCAGCUGGUCCACUCUCAAUUUCAGCUGGUCUUGAAGCGAAUAUUGGUACACAUCUCAACCCUGAGGGCAUUCUUGAUGUGAUCGAUUACUAUGACAGGCCAGGAGGUGCAUAUGCUGAAGGACUGUAUGCCAACACAGACACAUAUGCAUAUGCCUUUACUGACAAACCAGGACAACGCAUCCCAAAAGCUGGAGCCGUAGUUGAAGCUGGAGUAGGACGAGCUGGAGCAGCGUGGAGCUUCUUUGAAGCUGAAGCCAAAGGGCCAAACGCUUCUGCAGCUGCUCAGGCUAAUAUCCUGGGAGCGAGUGCCAUGGCACGGGCUGAGGUUGGAAGUGCAUCAGCUUCAGCUGGUCCACUUAGAAUGACCGCUGGUCUGGGAGUGGACACAGGUGUAAGAGCUGGUGCUGAUGGAGUAGAAGUUAAGUUCCUGGGUACUGGCAUUAAAGCUGAUGAAACUGGUGUUGGAGUUUCAGUGCUUGGAAAUGAAAUAAAGUGUGUAAUACUAUAACUGAAAAACAAAAUCUUGUGAAAAAGUUUGAAAUCAAUGAAGCAGGGAAUUUGAAGUGUUUGGAAGGGAUUGAUUUCAUUCUGAAUAGUUCUCAGUACAUCUAACAUUUGAGGACUGCUUUAAAAUGGUCUUCUUUUACCAUGUAACCAUGUAAAAUGAUUUAAAAAAAUAAUAAAACAACUUACAGAAAAAAAAGAAUGCUGUCUUAAAUUUGUAUUUGUCCAAAUCCUCAUUAGCCAGCUAAAGGGACAGCUACAGUGACAGAUGAAGGGACAAAUACUGCUGGCUUAAGAAGGCCUCAUAGUGCUGAGUUACUGUAACGUUUCCACUUGGAACAAGCGAGAGGCCGAAUGCCUGUGCAGGGGGCAGUUUAUUAACAGAGGAAAAACACAAUCACUGAGGGCAAAAUAACAGGGGCAGGGAGAAAACACUGAGGCAAAAUGAUACACAAACUAAACAAAUGGAAAAGCAACGGCAAACCAACGAGCAUAAUUAAACACGACAGAACAAAUGUAACUUACCAAAAUAACCAACAAAGUAGUAGCUGGGAGAGGAACCAGACUAUACACAGGAACAGACAGGAGUUCAGGUUAGACGGAGAUGAUGCAGAGGGCUACACGAUGCAGAGACAGGGCCAAAGGGAGGAGCCAGGGAUGACAAGACAGGACCGGAAACAGACGGGGAAACACAAGGAGCAACCAAGGAAGGGACAGGACCAGGGGCAGGACUAGUAAUGCAGCUGGAACAGGAGGUGGGUGUAGAGUCAGGAGAGGAGAGGGGACAUGCUGGUAGCAGGCACAGACGUGUGAACAGGGACAGAAGCAAAAGCAAAGACAGAGGAAAG